AUGUCACAGUGGUUAACAGUAGGUAGUUUCCAGCAACAGCCACCUUAUUCUUCUUUUCCAGCUCCACCUAUUGAUGAUUUAUCUUUGGCUUUCGAUAAUCUUGCAAUGGCAUUAAGAGCCACUGCAGGACCACCAGAGAUAGAUAAUUUUCAAAUAUCACUUGGAAUGUUGAUGCAUGAUUCUCAUUUCGACACCUUAAUAUGCUUUAUUAUUGCGCUAUCAAAAUCUCGACCGAUAUUUGAAGAUAGACUUCACUUAAUAUACCUUAUAAAUGAUGUACUUUUUCAUAGUGAACGUAGACAGGAACCUUGGAUUAAAGAAGCAUUGCAUCCACAUUUACUCGCGCUAUUGCGAGUCGCUUUUCAUUUUAUGGAUGCAAAUGAGAAGCAGAAAGAGAAAGUUGUUAAAAUUAUAUCUAUUUGGGACGACAAGCAAUACUUUGACGAUAAUAAAAUCAAUGCUUUAAGGACCGGCAUUAUAAUUCCACCACCCCCAUCUAGUGGUAUUUCAUCAUUAUCAUAUUCAAAUCCUGGUCAACAUUCAAUUGGACACUUUCGUUAUCAGGGUCAACAACCUUAUUAUAAUUCAGGUGUCCCUCCUCCACCCCCACCCCCAACUGGAAUAUUUCCUGCUCAGCCAACUGUUCAAGCCAUUUCUCCUCCAAAUGCUCAUUUAUCUCCACCAAUCGCACAAAAUCUUAUAAGACCUGCUUCUGAACCUGUGCCGGCCGUUAUUCCAGAACAGUUUCCACCAGGUCCAUCUCCUCCAAGCAUGCCGAUGCAAGGAAUAAUCAGAUCUUCAAUUCCUACGACCCCGGUACCAUCUGUCUCGGAAAAAAAAUAUUAUGAAUUACCUGCUGGACUAAUGGUUCCAGCGGUCUUGCCUGAGGAUUCUCCUUACACACCCAUUCAUGCGGCUUCAAUUAGGUUACCACCCCACCGUUUACCUCCUACCACAGAAUUGUUAGAGGCUGUUGACAGAUUCUAUGAAGGAAUGUUUAUAAUAGAAUCUAAUUUAGAAGGGGAAGAUGAACGUGCAUUAAAAGAAAAAUAUCAAAUUGACCUAGAUAAGGAUGGUUGGGAAGUUGGAUUCUUAGAUGAUUAUUAUAUGGAUCUGCAAGAACAACGAGAAGAAGCAUUGGCGCGAGCAUCGUCCGAUAGGCAUCAUCAACAACAACAACAAGUAUCUUCAUUUAGAAAUAGACGGGACGAUCGUGGAAAAGGCACAGGAGACGUCAUAGUUAUAGCGAUUCUUCUACAAGUCGAAGUCGUAGUCGUUCAAGUCGUUCAAGAGGUCGGAGGAGACAUAGACAUAGAGUGGAUAGCAGGAGUCUUAGUCGUAGUCGUUCGAGGUAUAGAAGCCAUAGUCGUUCAAGAAAUAGUUGGAAGAGGAUACCUAGGUCAAUGUCUCCUAGGACAAAGACUCGAUCAAGAACUCGUUCGAGAAGUUCAUGACAGACGUAAAUCCAGUGAUUAUAGUUCAACAUCUCGUAGACGUUAUCGAAGUAGAUCUUAUAGUAGAUCACGAUCACGAUCGCCCUUAUAUAUAAGUAGCGGUGUAAGUUUAGUUAAAGAUCAAGAAAUUGCAAGAGCAGAUAAAAUGAUAUCUGACCGUAAUGUCGGAUUUCAAAUGUUAAAGAAAUUAGGUUGGGAAGGAGCUGGUACAGGGUUAGGAUCAACUUCAACAGGCAUUGCAGAACCCAUAAAGGGAGGAGAGCUUAGGUUUGGCGAACAAAAAUAUUUAGGGGUUGGUCAUAGUCGCGGUGAAGAUGGAGACAUCUUUGAUCAAUAUCGUAAAUCAAAAAGUUAUACUUAUCAACGAAGCGAAAUUUGUUCAAAAGAUAAAAAACCGGCAGCACGGUCAUCUGGCUCGCGACUGUUCUGA